ACAAGUGUAUUACAAUGAAAAGUCAUGGCGAUGCUGGUACAUCAAAUUUUCAAAUUGGAGACAAAGGAUUAUCGUCCGACUUGGUAGAAGAAGUCAUUGUCUCUCCACCAUGUCGCACGCGUAGCCCAAAGUGCGCCAGGUGUCGUAACCAUGGAGUCGUAUCGGAAUUAAAGGGCCACAAACGGCUAUGCACGUGGAAGAACUGUCACUGUCCUUGUUGUCUGCUGGUGGUCGAGAGGCAACGAGUGAUGGCAGCUCAAGUGGCGUUGCGUCGACAGCAACAGGCACGAGACAACCUGGAAGGAGCCAGGGUAUCCCUAGGGACAACUAUUAUGAACGACACUGGAAAGUAUAAUCAUGUCCAGAAUCGACAGAGGGCAAUAGCAGCUUAUCAACGCAGACUUCGGAAUUUUGAGCGCCAUAGGGUACAGCUGGAUCGGCAUCCUGGACAGAAAAACGUCAACCAAGACAUUCGUAUCUUGAAUAAUCUUCCUGAUCAUCCAGACUAUGUCUCAAGAUCAAUUAUAAUGACAGAGACUGAUCAGAAUAAUAAACAGAGCAAAUCGUUAAUUAAAUUUCAUAAUACAUGUUCAACGUAUCCACAAAUACCUUUGUUUUCAUGUAUAGCAAAUACACCAAGUAUAACAUCACAUUUAAAUGACGGCACAUCGUAG